UGUAUAGGUGAUAAGUAACGUAUGAUCUACGACGGCGUACUUAUAUCAACAUCUGCUAUGCUUUGAUUGGAUACGCUGAAUUCACGUGAUAUUCUGUUACAAACACCAAUUGUUUUUAUAUGUGUGUUUACUAGAACACGUUACAGUAAUCCAUACGAUAUCAACAUGUCGCAUUCAUCUACAUUAGGAGUAGCAAUAUUUGGGGUGGGCGAUAUGGGAACCAUACAUUUAAAGAAUGCCAUAAAAAAUCCGAGAAUAUCUAUUAAAUGGAUUGUAGAAGCAAGUAACGAGAGAAUCGAUCGCUUGAAGAAAGAAUUGUAUUUAGAUGACUCUGUCUUAUUUACAAAUACGGAUGGUGUUGAUAAAGUACUUGCAGACAACAGUGUUAAUGCUCUCAUUGUUUGCACUCCAACACCUUACCAUGUUGGCUUGAUCAAAGCAGGAUGCGCAGCAGGUAAAGCAAUUUUCUGCGAGAAACCAAUAGCAACGACAGUUGAUGACGUCACUUCCUGUUAUGCUGCCGCUAAAAUUAAUGGACAGUUUUUGUUCUGUGCUCUUAACAGGCGUUUCGAUCCAUCGAUUUGUGAACUGUACAAACGGGUCAAGUCUGGAGAAAUUGGAAAAAUUAAGUCGAUAAAAACCGUGGCAAGAGAUUAUCCGCAGCGUCCCGUUAGUUUCUUGAAAUGGUCUUCCGGUAUUUUCUUUGAUCAAGCGAUCCAUGACAUUGAUUUUGCGUGUAGAAUCAUCGGAGAAGCUCCGAUGAGUGUCUACUGCCAAGCGCAUUCGUUCAAUCCAGAGAUUGCUGCCAUCAAUGAGGUAGACCAAGGCAACAUUAUGAUGCAGUUUCCAGGGGGUGCAAUUGUUCAUAUUGAAGUCAGUCGAUAUGCUGCGCAUGGAUAUGAUCAAAGAAUUGAGGUUUUCGGAACAAAGGGAAUGUUGGAGACAAAGAACUUGUUCCAAAAUUCUGUACAGUUUCACCAAGAUUCCGGACAAUGUCGGGGGAAAUAUGAAGAAUCUUUCCAGGCCCGCUAUAAAGAUUCUUACUAUAACGAAUUAGAACACUUCUUAAACGUUUAUAAAGGUAAGUAAUGUGGUUAUUGAUACGUCUAUAAGUACCUAGGUUUUUUAUGACAUCAUCAUUUACAAUGUAUUCACAUAAUCCUUAUAAGGCAGUUGAACGUAUCCUCAGUUUUGAUUGGUUGUGAUGGAGUCUAGUGUU